ACAAAUGCUAAUAGGCUUUCCGCGUUGUUCUGUAGGAUAUUGUGUAGGGAUUUGGUGGUUGUUACAAUAUUUGGAAGAGUGUCGUUUUUAAGCGCUUGUUCCGUAAAACUUGCUGGAUGAUCAAAGUGCCUUGGCCAUGGAGAAUCGAACUGUGAAAGAGGCAUCUGUUGAGGGUGUCCAGCGACGGACCCACCCCAAGAAACAUUUUAUGUUUUGCAUCAAGGUUUCAUGGUCCGAUGGUACUGUGAAUCUAGUUUACAGGAGAUACAGCGAGUUUCUACAUCUACAGACAAUUUUAUUCCAGGCAUUCCCUGGCUCGCUUGGCAGGCCGGGUACCAAACGAAAGUUCAUUACACCCCUUCCUGAUUCGCUAACAACACGCAUGAAUGUUGGUGAAACGAUAUUCAGAAGAAUGGAACAAGUCAACUUUUUUCUUAAGGAAAUUUUGUCUCUUGAGCACAAGGUUUCACAGUCACAACACAUCAGGCGGUUUUUGACUCCAACGCAAGAGGACUUAGAACCGUUACAAGUGCCAAAGAGGGUACGAUUUAAGAAGAGAAAUGGCAGACGAAGAAGUAGUAACUUUACACAGACGGUGAGAAAGCUGAAGUUUGGAAAGACCAGAGUAUUUGGUAACAAGAUAAGUUCACCAAUAGUACUAGAGCACUUUGUGGUUAUGGACGAUUACAACAAGCAGGCAAAGAGUGAUAUUAACUUGAAGAAAGGGCGAACUGUUGACGUUAUCGAAAAGAGAGAAUGCGGUUGGUGGCUGGUUGAGUGUGACGGGGAAGUGGGCUGGGCUCCAGCUUUGUAUCUUGAGCCCGCUGACGAGAUGGCAGAUGCUUCUAAUGCACAGAAAUUCGCUGUUGGUAGAGGUGAGAUCUAUGUCACAUCUAAACGUUACGUUGCUGUUGAGGGAGACGAAUUGAGCUUUGAAAUCGGAGUCAACCUGCAGAUUUUGGAAAAAAACUAUGAUGGAUGGUGGAAAGCCUCAUAUCUUGGGAAAGAAGGCUUGGUACCUGCUAUGUACUUGAAAAAGUUGGGAAAUGAUAGAAGGAAAUCAUUGGGAGGAAGAAGGAAAUCAAGACUUUUUUCUUCAAAUGAACUCAGGGGGGAAAGUGACGAUGACGAUGAAGUUAUUUCAGAAAUACCUGAAGAAGAGAAAGACGAAAAUAACAAGGAUCGGAAGACGUCUAUGCCGAAAACGAUUUCGCAACAAAUGAUGUCAGUAAUCGGUAGAAAGACCUCCAAAGAGGCGGAGACUUCCAAAGAUGCUGUAGAUGGUGGCAGCGACAGUAUAUCUAAAGGUGACCGUAGAACUAUAGACACAAUGGUUGAAAUGAGUACCGAGUUCUUACAGUUGCGAAAGAAAAACUCGAAUCCAAAGCCGGACCCAGGAAUCCCAGAAAAAUCCCAAACGCUACCAGCAACGAGGAGCCCAAGACCCACCCUACAGCGUAAAGCCAUCAGCACACUGGCGGCUUAUUCCUUUGGUCUUGGAUCAUCAGGAGAGGGCGUUAAAGAAGGUUCUAAGGACGACAUGUCCCUGGGGAUUCCACGAAGUCGAAGUAUGGAUUCAGUGCCUACCUCCCAUUUGAAGCAGAACGUCAACAAGCAGUUGGAUUCAAAAUGGAAGCCUGAAACCAAGAAUGCGUUAUCGUCAUCGCUCAAAUGCGUCAAUGAGAUUCCUGAACCAGAUCGAGAUAAAGGCGAAAACGAUAAAACAGAUUCAGGCCCUCAGUCAACAAACGUGCUCAACGAUCUUUCCCUCACCAACUCAAAUUCGACUUCAGAGAACGAGAAGGACUCCGUUAGUUUGAAAAACGAAGGAGAUAAUGACUUAAAUGACAUAGACACAUGUGACAUAAGAUCCGAAAGCACUUCAUCUACAGAGCUUACCCAAAGUCCAGAAGUGUGCGAGCAGCCAAUUGACCUAUCGAGGUAUUUUCAGACAAUUUCACUGGGUGGCGACUCACCCCGACUUCAUUCACCAAACAGAGUCCCUCCUGUACCUUCCUUGAUACCUCAGAGCUUACAUAGUGACCCACCGAGGUCUCCAGCGCCUAGCAGAAUUGCUCCCGUGCCCAGUGGUAUCAGUACUUUUCCCAAAAGAGCAGAUGCCGCAUUCAAACCACAGGGAACCCACAGAAAUCCGCAGUCAAUCGACCGAAAAAUUAUCCGGCAGGCAUCGUUUGAAAAAGAAACAGCUGUGGAGCUUAAUGAAGAAAUUCAAUAUUGGAGCUCAAGUGAAGAAUCAGAACCUGAGUUGUUGCAGUUGUCUGUUAACAGCAAAGGUUCGCCCGCUAUCGUGGUUGAUAACGCAGAGGAGAGUUCUACAGAAGAGGAAGAAGAAGAGGAAGAAGAAGAAGAAGAAGAGGAAGAGGAAGAAGAAGAAGAGGGAGAGGAAGAAAUGGAUAAGCAUCCCAAUGGAACCCAAGAUCUCAAUCUUAAAAGUAGCAUCAACUCUACUGAAAGCCUAAAAAUUCAGAUAGGAACCCCGUCAAUUGAAGAUGAAAACUCCAAUGACAUCUAUUGCGCAUUUGAAGCGUGUGAAAUUGACAGCGAAAUGAACCUAUCCAAAGGUGACUACGUGCAAGUUUUAGAGAAAGCAUCAACCGGAUGGUGGCUGGUAAAGAACGAGGCAGGUCUGAAAGGUUGGGCCCCGUCUAACUUUCUUUGCCCUGCGCCCCAAGCCCAUGGGAAUACAGAAUGCCCUGUCUUACCAGAGGAAGGAGUAUGUGUCAUCGAGAAGGAGUGUAAGCCCCAGAUGUCAUGCCGUGUUAUUGAGGAUUACAAGGGUGAUCCAUACAACCAAGAAAUAGAUCUCCGCAAGGGAGAGUUUGCGCAUAUUUUGCACAAGAGCGAAAGCGGAUGGUGGUGUGUACAGGAUGAAGACGGGGAGAUAGGAUGGGCUCCUUCAAACUACCUGGAAGUGUUCGAAGAUGAGAAUGCUCAUAAAUACGUAAAUCAUGUUGGACAUUGAACUGUGCGUUCGUCAGCGUCAUACAGAACAAUACUGCUGGGGCAAGCAGUGUCAUGCUUUAAGAGGACAACUAGACUUGCUGAGAGACUGAUAAACUAUAACCACGAUGUUUGACAGAAAGUAAAUAAUAGUUGCGCUUUGCUUUAAUUUACUGAUUCGAAAUGUUCUCGAGGAGCAAUUGCACCAUACAUUAAGUACGUUUUCUGCGUGCUACUUUGUCUUCAGACCAAAAACAUGUCGCGGAAAAUAAUGGAGACGAAAAAAGAAGUGAAGGAGUCAGAAAAGUGCUACGAAAAUAAAUAUAAACCUAAAAUGAAAGAGUAUGAUUUAGGCUGGGGGAGACUGGGGGAGACCAGUAAGUCGGAUUAAGUAGGCGGCAAGUUUAGAAAGCAUCAACAACCAAAACAAAACUAGAAUGUUUGAAGACUCGCCAUUCAUGACGUCACCAAGCUCUUUUUUAAUCUCAGAGUGUUUCGUCGCAAUUAGCACGGACAUCUGCAUUAAAUCUUGUGAAAUCUAUCAAUUCAAGGCAAUGAGUUUCUAGCGCAUGGACAUUUUUACCGAUGCCACACAAUAUAAACAAUUUUUCGUAUUUUUCAAAUAAGCCAAAAACCACCUUCAUAGUUCAAUUUAUCAUGCCCAAUUUACAAAAGACACGAAGUUUGAUAAGAAUUCGUUGCAAAUUUACAAAAAUAUGGGACGCCAAACUUACAAAGAAAUGUAUGCCAAGGGGCAACACGUGCCCCGUGGCACACCUUUCUUUUCUUUUUCUUGAUAAAUCGAGUGGUGUAGUUUAUUUUCUGAAUGAAAAUAAAAAAAGCGGAGAAAAAUGACAUCGGUAAUAAGGUCCAUUGCUUUUCUACAACAGUCUGUGAACAGGCUCGUCGCUCAUCAAUGCUUAACAUUAGAUAUACAAGUUAUGAGGUAGCACGAAACAGGCCGAGUGCUAGUUAUCAGUAGGUUUUGGCAAAUAUUCACUGACUAACAUUAGAUGUUACGAAGUACCAAGCAAGGGAUAUGCCACCUUCUAAAACUUUUAUACAACAUUAAUACUACCAUAAUGGUACUCAGUACAGUGGCUGUGCCAUCUUUGGGUAUUCGCUAACCAAUAACCCUGGAUUUAAAAAUUCACCCCUUUUUUCCACUUCGUUUGGAAAACUAUAUAAAUUCAAGGGGCAUUUCAAGGAGUUUACAACAUAAACAAACGUUUUUUUAGAAGAGACAAUCAACUUGAUUGUCGACUAAUGCCGUUUUUAUGCUUAUUAAAGUUUUCGAGGGAUGAAAUAAGGUUUUGUGACAUUUGCAGUUAAUUGAAGAGUGAGGAAAAAUAGCGGCUUAUAAAACAUUUAUAGUUGCAGGGCAGUUAUUUUUUUAAUAUUUAAACAAGUUGCUAACUUUGCAACUUUUGACCUGAUAGCAUUGAACUAAGAAAAUUGAAAAUGGAACGGAAUUUCGUUGGACAGUACUUAAACAUAUGAAAAACUAAAAGGAAGAAAGUAGAAAUUAAAAGGUCAUUUUGGAGUGAAGUUAUUAGCAAAAGAACAAGAAUUAGUUGUAGCCUUCAGGGUCGGGUUGUUCAAAACCCGAUAAAGCUAAACCAGCAUUGGCGAGAAUUUUGAUUUGAGUUUUGCAACUUGUUGACAGUUUAUAUUUUUUGUCUAUUUGUUUUGAGUUUGAAUAAUCUCAAACUACACAAGCCAUUAGCAGUGAAAAACAUUUUUGUACAAGAAAAGUUAAUACUUUAGUUAUCCUGGGUUAGCGUUAACCGACUUUCGAACAACCCGGCCCAGAUUUCUUUCUAGUUUUCCGCUAGUCUUACAGUUUUAAUUGUAACAGAUUUUGUUUUAACAUUUUAAGCCCUUUUGUAGACUCUGGAGAACUAUAACCUUUUCUACAAGUCUGGAAUUGACUAAGAGAAAGCAACAAUAUACUCUUGCAAGGAAAUUUGAGGUUUCUUUAUUGCAUUUAUAGCUGUUAUAAAGAAUUGAAGCAUAUAUAGUAUAAGUAAAUGUAACCUUAAAUUGAUAAAGAUAAUAGAACCUUUAUGUUUUCAGUACAAUCAACAAUAAAGGUCAUUUAUUCUCUAUAA